AUGCUGUCGCGUGUGGCUCGCUCAAAACAUGCAUUCCUUCUCCCGCGCAGAGCUCAGGCUCUUCGGGCAUCGGUCUCCUUGCCUACGACCUACCUUCACUCAUACUCAAGUAAUCGGACCCCUUUGGUGAACUCAUCAAGUCAUGCCCUGCUCGACCGCGCGCGCAAGCCUUCUUUGCAAUCAGAGCGCCACCUCGCGACUGCUGCAGACCCAUCAUCGAUUGACGCCCAGCCCGCGGACUCAUACGACCAGUUCAUGAACAUGCCAUUCGAGAGUAAAGAUCUUUCUUCUCUCGUUAUUAUUGACUCGGCACCACAAUCCCACUCGAAGAUCUUCCGCCGGAGGCACGGCAUCGGCGGUGAUGAGACUGAGAUGAUGGCCAAUUUGGACAUGUCAUUAAAAAUUGGACAAUAUGAAAGAGCCUCUGGGUUGAUCACGCGUCUUGGCCAUUAUCAUCCACCUGGCUCGCUGGAGUACUUAGCUCUGCACAACCGUUUCUUGAGCGCCAUGGUGCAACAUAUGAUCAUUACACGCGACCCGUCAAUGGUACUCCCAGUGCAGAAAUGGUUCGAGGUUGACAUGCGCUCUUCCGAGGUCGUACCGGAUGCGAAAACUUUUGCAUGCAUGAUUCGCAUGUCACUGCGAAUGCUUCACGGAGCUCAGCGAGACCGAGCCGUACGUCGUUAUUGGGAACUUGCCCAAACUGCCGGACUGGAAGAAGAAAUCGUUGGUUUGGAGAUCCUUGAAGACUCCGAUGUUGGUGAAUUGUCCAAGAUCUGCUCUUCCGAUAUGUUGGAUCUCAUUUCCAAAUAUUUGGAUCUCUCAGAGCUCGACAACGCCCAGCCCAUCGAACCCACUAUCGAUGAUGACACUCCCCAGGUAAUGGCUGCCAAUCUGAAGGGGCAUGGACUGUCGUCUCUUAGGAAGUCCUUGGCUUCCUUCGGUAAAGAGAUCUCGUUGCCUGCUAACUUCAGCGGCACUGAGGAGGAGGCCAAGGCUCUCCUUUCAGAGAUGAAACAGCGUCAGCUUGAAACCGAUAGUCUCGACUCCGCCAUCAACCGGUGGCGCCAAGAUCAAGAGCAGCGACAAAAAGCUGGCGCGACCGUCGAGUCCGAUGGAAAGAAGCUCAGCAAUCUGAUGGGUCAAUGGCACACAGACCUCGUACCCAGGAUCAAAAAAGAAGUCGAGAUGUACGAACAGGACUUGCUGAACCCAAUCACUAGCAUUGAACAAAAGGAUCGCUGUGAAUAUGGUGUCUUUCUGAAAGCGCUUGAUCCGGAUCGACUUGCUGCAAUUGCCGUCUUGGGUGUUUUGGGUAUCUUCAGUCGACAAGGAAUGUCGAAAGGACUCAAGCUUUCCAACGUUGCCUCUGGCCUUGGAAAGGAGGUGCAAGACGAGAUCAUCGCCGAUUCGCAUUUGCAAAAAACCAAAAUCACGAACCCAAACCGCCUCAAGGCUGUGAAAGAGCUUCUCGCAAACCGCAAAGACAAGGAUGGUCGUCCUCGGUGGAAUGCCCUCGUUGAGAAGAUGGCUACUGAAGAUCAAUCUAUUUUGUGGGGCUCCCGUGUCACAGUCAGGGUCGGUAGUGUCCUCAUGGCCAUGUUAUUGGAGGAAGCCAAGGUUUCUCUUCCCGCGGUCGACCCGAGCACCAAAAAGACAACCUUCGUCAGCCAACCAGCUUUCUCCCAUGCCUACUCGAUGCACUAUGGAAAACGCACUGGACUCAUCCACAUGAACUCUGCUCUGGUCGAAAUGGUCAGUAAAGAGCCGCUCCCUGAGGUAGUGGCCCGCCAUUUGCCUAUGCUCACGACACCUAAACCGUGGACGGGGGUCAGGUCUGGCGGCUACCUCCUUUAUGAAAACAGCAUUGUGCGCUCGACUCCUGGUGAACUCCUUCAGCCAGCUUAUCUCAAGGCCGUCCUCAAAAAUGAUGGGUUGAAAGAGGUACGAUCUGGGCUUGAUGUUCUAAGUUCUACUGGCUGGAAGAUCAAUCAACCCGUUUUCGACGUCAUGUUAGAGGCCUGGAAUGCGGGAGAUGCGAUUGGAAAACUUGCCCCCGUGGAUCUAAAUCUGCCCACCCCUGAACCACCUGCCCCGGAUGCAACCUAUGCUCAACAGUCUGCAUACUCACGGAAAAUGCGCGAGAUUGAGAACCUUCGUUCCGGUUUCCACUCGGUGCGAUGUUUCCAAAACUUCCAGAUGGAAGUCGCGCGAGCCUUCCGGAAGCAAACGUUCUACCUGCCUCACAACAUGGAUUUCCGUGGACGAGCCUAUCCGCUUCCUCCCUAUCUCAACCAAAUGGGUGCCGACAACUCCAGAGGUCUACUUCUCUUCGACGAAGGAAGGCCUCUUGGCACCGCGGGUCUGCGUUGGUUGAAGAUCCACCUUGCCAACUUGUAUGGGUUUGACAAGGCAAGCAUGUCCGAAAGAGAACAGUUCACUAUGGACAACCUCGACGCUGUCCUUGAUUCUGCAAACAAAGGUUUACACGGACAGCGAUGGUGGCUUCAAGGUGAAGACCCAUGGCAGCUUCUCGCAGCCUGUUGUGAACUCCGCAAUGCUUUGCUUUUGCCCGACCCUACUCAGUAUGUGUCUCACCUUCCAAUUCACCAGGAUGGUUCGUGUAACGGUCUUCAACAUUACGCGGCCCUUGGUGGAGACAAGGCUGGCGCCGAGCAGGUCAAUCUGGAGCCCUCUGAUCGUCCCUCCGACGUUUACACUGGUGUUUGCGAAUUUGUCAAGGCCGACAUUGCGGAAGAUGCUGCCAAUGGCCUUGAACUUGCCGUUCUUUUGAACGGCAGAGUCACCAGAAAGAUCGUCAAGCAGACCGUCAUGACCAAUGUAUACGGUGUGACCUUCUUGGGAGCGACCCGUCAAGUCAAGCGGCAGCUUGUGGAAUACAUCCCCGAAUUGACCCCCGCACAACGGACUCAAGCCGCUGUUUAUGUCGCCCGAAAGAUUUUCGGUGCUCUCGGAACGAUGUUCAAUGGAGCUCACGAAAUUCAGUAUUGGUUCGGCGACUGUGCUUAUCGCAUCACGCAAUCCCUCACUCCGCAGCAAGUUGACGAACUUACUGAACAGGCCAUGCAACCGAAGUCGGGUGCCUCUACCAGCAUGUCUGCUGACCCAGAGAAGUCUUUCAAGUCAACCGUGAUCUGGACCACUCCACUCGGUCUCCCGGUGGUUCAGCCCUACCGGACUCGCCGAGCCCGCCGUGUUCAAACUAGCAUGCAAGACAUCAACAUCCUUGAUCCCGGCGUUGAUGAUGUCAUUCAGAAGCGCAAGCAACUCCAAGCUUUCCCGCCCAACUUCAUUCACUCCCUCGAUGCCACUCAUAUGAUCUUGUCUGCCAAUGCGUGCCGUGAAGCGGGCAUGACCUUCUCCGCCGUCCACGAUUCUUUCUGGACUCACGCCGCGGAUGUUGACCAGAUGAAUCUCAUCAUUCGUGAUUCGUUCGUUCGCAUGCAUUCGGAUGACGUUGUCGGGCGUCUUGCCGCUGAGUUCCGAGUACGAUAUGGCAAGAACUUCUUCCUUGCCCGGGUCCCUCGCAAUGGAAAGUUCGGUAAAGCAAUCGCUACAUACCGAAACACCUCCAAAAACACCAAGCUUCAGGAGUUGAUCCAAGAGAAGCAGCGUCAAAGCCUUCUCAAUUCUGAAGACCCGGAUGAUCGGCGGGAAGGCCAAGCCAUGGUCACCCCGGCCAGCAUUUUCGAGGACAUGGAUGGCAGAGACGAAGAUCUGACGAUUUUCAAAACCCUAGGUCAGAACAACAUCGGUCACAUCCCCGAGGACAUCAAUAUCAACAGCUCAACCCUCCUCCCGUCAAUUGACCUGGACCCCACCGAUCCGGCCAUCCAAUCCCUCGUCGGUGAUGUCGAUCUCUUUGAGGGCAAAAUCUCCUCCCAAGAAGCCGAUGACUGUGACGAAAUGGAAGUCGGCGACUCGAAGCCCAAGUCUAAAGGCCCUCGUAUGAUGACCACCUGGCUGUGGCUGCCUUUGAACUUCCGCGAGGUCCCCCAAAAGGGAGACUGGGAUGUGACCCGCAUUCGCCAGAGUGAAUACUUCUUCUCUUGA